CAAAGCUGCACACAGACUGUAGCUAACCUGAUGCGCGAUAACGCUCGCAAUCUUUCUGUGGCAACACACAGUAUCUGGUGAACUACUCAAUGUUUGACCCUUGGUAUGUAAAAGAUGACCUGAUCCUACCAGAGGGACAGUCAGUCAAGAACCUUUUCCAUAUGGGUUAUACUAUUCCCAUACAGUAAAGAGGCACGUGUAGGCAUCCACACAGCACAACAGAAGAACAUCAUGGGACAUCUGCCCAGCAAACGCAGGCGGCCAUCCAGCACUACCAGUACAGCAGACCCAGCCGGCUCUGAACAUAUAAACACAGCUGGUCAAACCUGCAUGACAGUGGCACUUAACAAUUUCCCCCGGGAAGGGCCUGCAGCUAACACUGUCUGCAUGGGUGACAGGCUAACCAUUAUAUCAGAUGCUGGCGAUAUGUGGAAGGUGAAGGUGGGGUCAACAGGCAAAGACGGCUACAUCCCCAAAACUUAUGUCGCCAAAGUGAUGAACAAAUGGCAGUAUGAAGGGAUUACCAGAGCAAAGGCAGAGGAGCUUCUACUGAGACCCCAGAACCAGUCAGGCUCAUAUUUGGUCCGCCAGAGUCAGACUUGCAAAGGCACCUAUUCACUGUCGGUAGUGCAAGGACAAGCCUCAGCCCUCAGAGUCAAGCACUAUCGUAUCCAUAGCCUGUCUAACGGCUGGUUCUACAUAUUCACCACCCACACAUUUCCCUCCAUUGGCCGACUGGUCGACCACUACUCAGAUUCCUCAGAUGGAUUAUGCUGCUUGCUGACAAAGCCUUGCCACGUCGAGGGCUCCUUCAUCAUCAGCACAGUACCCAUACCAUCCCCUGUGUUUGUCAGAAAACCUACCUUUAACUGGAAGAGAGCUAAAAGAUCCAUGAUAUUUCAUAAGAAGGAGGCGAGGGAGGAGCCAGAGGACAGCCCUUUCAGUGAGGGACUGCGAGAGGCCAUGAACUCCUAUCUCUUCACGUCUCAGGAAGAGACACUGGACAGUGAAGACUGACACAGCACACGUCAGCAAUUAGGAGUUACCUUUUGGCAGACUGCUCCACAGUUACUGGACAUUUUCUUCUGAAGAUGUGAUAGAUGUACUACAUAAUACUAUCCAAAGUGACUUUUUGACUCCUUGCACUUUUUGAGUUUGCACAAAGUAAAUGGACACAGACAUGCUGUCGGUGCAAUUCUCCUACAGCGGAGGUUUAAGAUGAAUCUUUGGCGUUCCCUGUGGACAUUUGUAAGAACCCAUUAUCCUUAUGGUUUCAACCGGAUUCUCCUGGAUUUUCCUGGAUUUUCCUUGCAUUGUGUAACAUAAAAUAUAAUGUAAGUCUAAUCAGCAGUCUGUCUAUAGUGUGAUACUGGUGUUGAUUAGACAAUAUUAUUAUACCAUUAUACCAGCUCUUUCCAAUGUCGCCUUACUGUAUUGUGUACCAUAUGUUACUAUGCUGCAAGUUGCAUUAUCCUAAAUAGGCUUAGAAAUUAGAGUUCCAAAAGAAUGUAGAUACAUAUUUACACAUUUACCCCCACCUCAGCCUCUGUCUAUAUUGAUUUUCAGGGUGGAUCAUUUUCAGGGUAAAUACUCAUCGUGUUUGUUUUUUGCAAAUGUUUAUUUAUUCAAGAGACUGCCUGUUUAGUUGUUAACAGCCUGCUGAAUUGUUCAAAAUAAGAUGCAAAUUACCUUGGUAUAAAACUCCCAGGACUGGCCACA